CAGGCCCAAAGCUCUCACUGGCAGCAGGUGCCUGAGCAAAAAGCAGCAAGUUUGCCAGCAGGAUCUGGUGAGCCUUUAAAGAUGUGGAAAGCAGUCGUGGGACACAACGUGUCAGUGAAAGUGGAGGCUCAGGGAGACGACUGGGACACAGACCCUGAUUUCGUGAACGACAUCUCGGAGCGGGAGCAGCGCUGGGGAGCCAAAACCAUCGAGGGCUCGGGCCGCGCCGGGCACAUCGACAUCCAUCAGCUGAGGAACGAGGUAUCGGAGGAACAUGAGAUCAUCAAGAAGAAGGAGCUGGAGACGGGCCCCAAGGCAUCCUAUGGCUAUGGGGGCAAAUUUGGAACAGAGCAAGACCGAAUGGAUAAGUGCGCAGUAGGACACGAAUACGUCGCUCACGUUGAGAAGCACUCCUCCCAGACAGAUGCAGCCCAGGGCUUCGGCGGCAAGUUUGGAGUGCAGAGGGACCGAGCUGACAAGUCAGCAGUGGGCUUUGAAUACAAGGGUGAGGUGGAGAAACACUCGUCCCAGAAAGAUUACUCCAAGGGCUUUGGUGGCCGUUACGGAGUGGAAAGGGAUAAGGUGGACAAAGCGGCUGUGGGAUUUGACUACAAAAGCCAGGCAGAGAAGCAUGACUCUCAGAAAGACUAUUCUGUGGGCUUUGGUGGGAAGUUUGGGGUCCAGAGAGAUCGUCAGGACAAGACUGCCCUUGGCUGGGACCAUCAGGAAGAAGUGCAACCCCAUGCAUCCCAAAGAGACUAUGCCAAGGGGUUUGGAGGCCGUUUUGGGGUCCAGAAGGAUAGAGUGGAUAAGAGUGCUGCUGGCUUUGAUGAGAUGGCAGCUCCCACCUCCUCCUAUGAGAAAACAAGACCCCUGGAGGCAGGAGCUUCCAGUGGCACGAGCAGCCUGCGGUCACGGUUUGAGCACAUGGCCAAGUCGGCAGAGGAGGAGAGCAGGAGGCAGGCGGAGGAGGAGCGGGCGAGGCGGCAGCCCCGGGGGCACCCGGUGCCUCGGCAGCAGCAGGAAAUCCCUCUGAGAGAGGAGGAGCACACUGGGACAGCCCCUCCAGCCGUGCCAGCGAGGGUACCCACGAGCACUGCUGGGGACCAGCCUGUGUCACCAGAACAGGAGGCCGAAAGGGAGGAUGAAGAGGUGCCACCCACUUUGCCACCAAGGCCGGCAGAUCUGGAUGCAGAGCUGGGCAAGGUCCCCAGCCAGGGUCAGCCCACCUACAGUGCAAACUUGGAUGUUGGUGGAGACUAUGAGGAGCUGCCAGAGUCCUCUGACUACUAUGACAUUACCAGUGGAGGUGCUGACUAUGAGGAGCUGCCAGCCCCGCUGGGAAAGCCAGAUGCCACUUGUGACUUUGGAGGAGAUGGAGGUGAAGACUAUGAAGUGAUCCUUCCUCAGGAGCCCACGCAGAGCCAGCUCCACCUGGGGAACACCGACGGUGCCUACGGAGGGCAGAGCCCCGGGGUCUGCGCAGUGGCUCUCUACGAUUACCAAGGAGAUGGAGAUGAUGAGAUUUCUUUUGAUCCUGAGGACACAAUCACGCACAUUGAGAUGGUGGAUGAAGGCUGGUGGCGGGGACAGUGCCAUGGCAGAGUCGGCCUCUUCCCAGCAAAUUAUGUGAAGCUUCUGCAAUGAAAUGAGCACAGUGCAAGCUGCUUCCUUUCAACUUUUGCCUCUGUCAUAGUCUGACACUGGCCAAAUGCCAGCACCCACAAAAGCCACUC